UCGUAUUCGGCUUUUUUUUCCACCGUCGCCAGGAGAAACGGGUUCGGGUAGGUUCGUAGACGUUCCGGUUGACGACCAGAAUUGUUGGGCUGUUGCGCUCCAGGACAAAAUGCUUCAAAGUUUCGAGCGCCGCUUAAACCUGAAGGCGGAGCGGGUCGUGCCUUCAUUUUCCAAACCAGUUCUUUUGGAUGGCAGGCCUGGCUCGUCUUCUUCACAACUUGAGUAUUAUUUUACUGCCGUCAUAUAUAUUCGUGGCACGAAUGAGGAGAGCCGCCUCAGCGAGGAUACAGGACACAACGUGAAGAAGCUUCGUGCCACCGCAGACGCAAAUAAGGUUGUGCCAAAACACGAAAAGGCGAUUUAUUCAGAUUCUGCGGGGGAUUCACAGGUUGCCGACCCGAAAGCUCCAAAGAAACAGCGGCCUUGUGUGGAGAAGCAGCAGGAGUGGCUCGGGUAGAUACAAUAUCAGACAUCUUUGGUGAAUAAUCAAUAAGCAUCUUCCGUCCUGUCAGAGGGUCCUGUUACAUUCGGCCAUGGCGAUGGCGUCCAACCAACCCGCGAACACUUUACAGGGGAUCGCUUAAUUUGUUUUCAUCGAGUCGGGCCUCUCCCUUAUCAUGCAGGGUAUUUGUUGCUGAAGCAAUCCUCUGAGGAUGAACUGUGAAACUAGGUUUCGUUUUUGACAUGUAUUUCUGUGUCCACUGUAUAAUAUUUUCAUCUGCACCACAGGUUGGAGUUUACUCGUGGACGGGGCUUUCCGUGGAGAUCUCUAAGAACAACCUGGAGCCGGAGCAUUGCUGAUCGGAGGGUCGCACCUGAAGAGCAGCAGCGAUGGCUUUCUCUUGAGCUGGAUUUGCUGGACAACGUAUAUUCCCUAGCUGAGGGAGGACUGAGGCCGCCCUCAGAAAGGCUAGAAGAAGUUGAUCUCGGCGCAAUAUUGGAAGACAUCGCGAGAUAUGUCGAACGAAGAGCGAGAAGCCCCUCAUUUCAUGCUGAUCUCUUCAGCGGAAAUUGCCAAGAAAAGAUACUGCUGUCCAUUGAGCUGGAGGGUUCGUCAUUACCUUUGCUCAAAAUGCUCAUGAUGGUGGCUACACAGUAUAACCUUAUUAACCAAUGCACGAAGGGCCAUUUGUAUUCAGUAAUUCAAGAUCUUCCGUGGGACUUCGGAGCGCCAGCAUGUUUGAAGGGGAAUAGCCACAGCGCGU